AUGGCUCCUCGAGUUUGGUUCAUCACCGGUGCCAAUUCGGGUUUCGGCCUGCUACUUGCACAGCACGCCCUGGCGAACAACGACACUGUCAUCGCCACGGCAAGAAGUCUCUCCAAAUUCCCAAAGGCCCUCCAAGACCACUCUGCCGCGGAGCUCGUGGAGAUCGAAAUGACAGCGCCCGACACCGAGAUCUCCUCCGUCAUCGACCGUGCCGUCCAAAAACACGGUCGCAUCGACGUCCUUGUAAACAACGCCGGGUUUGGCCACAUGGGCGCCGUCGAGGAAAUAUCCUCCCAAGAAGCCCGGUACCAAUUCGACGUCAACUUCUUCGGCCUGUACAACUUCACAAGAGCCGUGAUCCCCCACAUGAGGAAGCAAGGAUCCGGGGUGAUUGUUCAGCUCUCCAGCGGGGCCGGUCUUCUCGGCGCUCUCGGCGGACCUGUCUACUCUGCGUCCAAGUUUGCUGUCGAGGGCCUCACGGAGAGCAUGGCCGUGGAGCUGCAGCCGUUUGGCAUCAGAGUCCAUCUGGUGGAGCCGGGCAUUUUCAGGACUGAUUUCCUGAAACCAGCGGCGGAAGGAAGAAACAUGGGACAGAAGAAGGAGGGAUAUUUCGACAUUGGCGGCGCCAUGGGUGGCAUACACGGGAGCCAGCCUGGCAAUCCGCAGCUUGGGAUCGAGAGGAUUUACGAGUUGGUGACCGGGACGGGGAUGGCUGCGGGUCUGCAGGACCAGUUGAGGAUGCCGAUGGGGUCGGACUGUUACGGCAUGCUGAAGCAGAAGGUGGCCAAGCUCAGCGAGACCCUUGAAAAGUUUGAAAAGAUCGCGGCUAGCACGGAUUAUUAG